AUGUCAAUUUGUUGUAAACACUGUCAAGCUGUACGUUGGCCAACGGAGUCCUCAACUAAUUGCUACCAUAAUGGAAAAGUUGUUUUGACACCAUUAGUUUUUGCAUUCACAUUGAUGGGAGCAUCAAUUGAUCCACAUCUUGCAAAUGGUGCUAAUGGGGUAUAUACCUAUCGUAUUCAAGGUGCAAUUUAUUAUCGAAUUGGUUCAAUGCUUCCUGCAGAGAAUUGUAUAUCCAAAUUCUCACAAAUAUAUAUAUAUAAUGGCAAUUUUGAAGCUGAAUUGAGCUACCGUCACAGCGUGUUUCCAACUUUAGACACUUUUCUUUUAGCAGAUAUUCAGCAUGAGCUUCAUAUGCAUAAUUCUUUUGCUCAAGUUUUUCAUAGUGCUGGCCAAUUUGUGCGUAAAGGUCAACCUGUUGUGUUAAAAAUUUUAAGUGAAUGCCAUGCUGCAUACGAUGCACUUCAGUAUCCAUUACUAUUUUCAUAUGGCCAGCUUGGGUGGUAUCCCAAUAUUCCUUAUUCAACAAGUGCCAGAUCUAACCAUCAUGAAAGCUAUGAGCUUGCAAGUGAUAAUGAUUCUGAGAAUGGGGAUUCAGACAAUGAAUUGAGACAAACAUGGCGAGACCAUGCAGCAUAUCGUUUACAUAUAUGCAACCCUGUUGAUGAAGAUUUCGUAUAUGCCACACAACAGCUUGGCCAAAACGCCACACCAGAGAAUCCUUUAAUAAUAAGCCGUGCUUUACUUGAAAUUAAAGAUCACAUUAAACAAUGUGGAAAGAGCCUUGAAGACUUUCCUGAAUUACCUGCCAUACAUUAUGAUUUAUUGGAUUGUAAUAAACAAACACAGCUUUUUAUAGAAGAGACAACUUUUCCACAGGACAAAUUGCAGCAGAUUCUUGAAGGUGUUUCUUUACUAAAUAAUAAACAACGUGCAAUAUAUGAUGCU